AUGGCCACUUCUAGUGGAAACUCUAGUGUGUCCACAAAAUCUCAAAGCUAUGGCUCUGAGGAAGAUUUGCAAGAUUUGAAGCUUUUAAUGGAUCAAAGAAAGAGGAAGAGAAAACAAUCAAACCGCGAAUCGGCGAGAAGAUCGAGAAUGAGGAAGCAGAAGCACAUGGAUGAUUUAAUAGUUGAAGUUGAAAGACUAAGAAAUGAAAACAGUGAAAUGGUGACAAGGAUGAACAUGUCAACACAACACAUAUUGAAAAUUGAGGCUGAGAAUUGUGUUCUAAGAGCUCAAAUGUGUGAACUUAAUCAAAGGCUACAAUCAUUGAAUGAUAUCAUCAACAUGAUGAACACAGCAACAACUAUUUCUGAAGUCAAUUAUCAAAACAAUGAUUGUUUUUUAACAGUUGCAGAUAAUUGCUUCAUGAAUCAAAUCAACAACAUGUCAUAUCUUAACCAAUUACCAAUUAUGGCCUCUGCAGAUAUGUUUAUGUGGUGA